UUUUGCUGUUGCUCGCAUGGGCGGACGGUCCAACUGAAAUCAUCCUCCAUGUCCAUCGUCUCGAAUCCUUCAUCUCAAUCUGGAAGAAUCCGGGCUCUCCAGAAAUUUCUUGCCCUUUCUCGGGAAGAAACUCGUCACACAGAUCGAUUUAGAUCGAACCGAGAGGCCACAGCACCCAGAGAUCGCGAGAACAGACAGUAAUAUCCUCAACCAAGACCAAGCAGGCCAGCCAUCGGCGAAGGCGAAAGGUCAGUCGACGCACGAUGUUCUUCUUCUUCGUGGGCGGCGUGGAGCAGGGGGCGGGGCGGGUGCUCAAGGAGGCAGCGGGCCGGUGCCUGCGCUGCGGCGGCACGGCAGACCUGGUGGAGACCGAGAAGGUGCUCAAGCUCUUCUUCGUCCCCGCGUGGCGGUGGCAGGGCAAGGACCCGGCCUACGUCUGCCGCGAGUGCGGGCUCCUCGCGCCGGAGUCCCUCGGCAGCGAGCCGGCCGGCCCGCUCCUGCCCCGCGGGGAACGGUGCGGCGCGUGCAGCCGCGCCGUCGACCCGCAGUUCCGGUUCUGCCCCUUCUGCGGCUCCGCUCUGUGAUGCGUUUCAUUCCGGCUACGGGCGACCGCCUGGAGAAGGAGGACAUAUCUGAAUGUGUAAUGCUUCUCUUGGGGGUUGGGGCUGAGCCUUUGAGACUGGAGACAAUAGAUUUGUACGAGUAAUUAGUAAGGCUUUUGAUCGUAGUAGUAAAAAAAUUGUGUCGUAUACUCGGUAUGUGGAUGUUGAUGUAGUCAAAUGGUUGCAAACGAAAUAAAGAAGAUUAAUCGAA